CGACGACCACGACGACGACGACGAUUGCGCUACACAGGGCUCGGGGCGAGAAAUCGGAAUUAAAAUUUUGCUACGUCAAAUGAAUGGAAAACAGUUGUAGCCCACCGCUCAAGACGAACUGGUCGUGUGCGUGCGUGUGGAGGAUCGCGAUCGCGAGUUUUAAAAAAGUGUGCGCCCGCCAGCCCCUCCCGCACCCUCUCCUCCCUUUUCCUACGUGAUUGAACGAGACAAGCCGCCCCGAGUCACGUCGAUCGCGACUACACACGACCCUGUCCGCCUGUUGGUUGUUGGCUGUUGUGUCGUACUGUUGAGUCGCUUUUCGGGUGGGAAAGGGUCGCCGAAAUCAGGCCAUUUCCAUUGCGCACAACGCGUACCGGAUCUAGCGGUUUUACCACCCGGGUACGUGUGAGGUGUGUUUGUGUGUCUGUGUGUGUGUGUUGUGUUGCCGUGUGUUGCACACUUGAUUUUAUAACCAAGGUAAACCCAUCCGCAAAGCAAAUUGCGGACGUAGGGAUUAGUGUGCCGCGCCAAAAUCAACAACCCGCGUUUGCUCAUUAGCCCGCAGUGAGGAGGUGCGAGCACAGCGCAGCGCACGUACUACUACCUAAGCUAAGUGCACGUGUACCGAAAGAGGAUGUUUACUUGGAUGAGUGUAUAAUCUGUGCGUGUUUGAUUGCGUUGGAGACGGACGCCACCACCCUCCCUAAUCAUUGAUGUGAUGUGCACCAGUGCACGGCAGCAGCCAAGAGCAGCCAAAAAAAAGGGAAGAAACGAUCGAUUGCGGAUGUGGUGGAGUGUUGUACUCGUACCGCUCAAGUGCAGAUUGUAAUUUCGGAUCGGUGCUCCGGUGUAAAAGGCACCUUGAUAAGUGCGAACCACCGAGGUGUGCUUCUUGAUCGGCGAAGAUCGUCCCGAGCAGUGCGUCAAACGGUUGCGUUCCCAGGCUGCGCUGCGGCGUUUCGCUGGUGCUUCAAAUCCCGUCACGAUCGAUCGAUUUGCUGACACAAGCGACGCAAAAGGUGGGAAUCGUCGCGGUUUGCGCGAGAAGAAACCGAAACGGCGGCACACGAUCGUGUAUCCCCCCGAUCGCGACGAUUCUCCUCCAGCACACACACACGAGUCGACGAGGGCACGACGAGUGUGGGAAGCUGUGUGCGCUCGUGCGUUGGGUACAGGUCGUGUGCGCUGGAACACGGACUAACGCGUGUGUUUGUGCGUGUGUGUGUGAGAGUGCGCAAAAACAACCAGGUGAUCGGACGACUUCAUCUCCCGGGACGUGACGUCACGUGGGUUUCGUACAUUCCCGUCACAGUCGGCGCACAAGUCCGGGUUCUCCGACUGCUCCGAGCGGAGUCGUACUACGGUCGUGCUGCUCUUCAUUCGCAUUCACGCUCUAUCUCUCUCUCUCGCUCUCGGCAUAAAGGGCCGUAUCUGUGUGUGAUGCGCGAUAAUCUUUCGCCAAAUUGCUGGUCGGCAAAUCCUGCAGUUUAGUAGGUGCUGGGACGGAAGGGAUGUUUAAAAAAGAAGUAAGACAGUGAAUGAGGUCAAAAGUGUGUGGCGUGAUAGUACAACAUCCGUGUUGAAAAUCCCUACCCCCCUUCUCGUCCUGCAUAUUGCAGCCAAAGGCUCCUCACACACCUGUUAACAACGGUGACUGAAGAUCAUCGUCGUGUCUGUGGGGGCAUAUCUAUGUGUGUAUGUGUGUGUGGUUGAGUUAAUCAACGAGAAAAGCUUAUCCUUUCCAAUCUCGCAAUUCUACAGUGUGUGGUGAUCAUUCAUAAGAUUAGUCCGAUCGAGCGCCCGUGUGUGUGUGUGUUUGUGGUCCCAGAGUCGUUGCACGAACCAGUUCCUAAUUUCUUAAAAAAUAAAGAAAACCAGUUCUUCGCGAACUAAGACGGCGAAACGAUAAACGCCACCAAACAACAUCACUCUCGCAACAAUGCUCAUCGCAACGAAUUUCAAUCAGAAGCAAUUCAUUGACUCGCUGUGCACGAACGAGGCCGAAGACUCCAGCUAUGACAGUGAUUGCGAUGGGGAGGAUGUAUCCCACGAGCAGGUGUCACGGACGACGAGCGAUACGCUGGGCCAAGAGUUUGCCGAGUACAUAAGCGUCGGCGUGGGCGGCCAUCAGCACCAGCAGCACCAUGGCAAGGACGUCUCGCCGACAGCAGUGGCGGCGCCCAUCUCCACCGCCGGGCCGGAGCACUCGCCGGGCUACCAGCAGCGCGUUGAGUUUGCCCUCAAGCUCGGCUACACCGAAAAGCUGGUGCAGGCGGCCCUACAGCGGCUCGGUCCCAAUCCGGCCCAGAACGAGCUGCUGGCGGAGCUGAUCAAGCUGGGCUCGCAGCCCGGCGCCAAGGGUGGUAAUGAGUUUACGAUCGACUGUCACGGCCACGGCGAUGCGGGCGGGCUCGGACUGGCGCCAGAGCUGGCAACCGCUGCGUCCGGUGCGGCCGGCGUCGGACCGUCGUCGCUGGUGAACGAAGAAUCUCUGCGCCCGAUCGUGAUAGACGGCAGCAAUGUGGCGAUGAGCCACGGCAACAAGGAGGUGUUUUCCUGCCGCGGAAUUCGGCUGUGCGUGGAUUGGUUCAAGAAUCGGGGCCACAAAGACAUUACCGUGUUUGUGCCCAAGUGGCGCAAGGAAAGCUCGCGCCCGGACAACCCGGUCAAGGAUGGCGAGAUACUGAGCGAGCUGGAAAAGGAGCGCAUGCUGGUGUUUACGCCCUCCCGGUUAGUGGGCGGCAAGCGAAUGGUGUGCUACGACGAUCGAUACAUUUUGAAGCUGGCGGCCGAUAACGAUGGCAUCGUCGUCUCGAAUGACAACUAUCGCGACCUGGUGCAGGAGAGCUCCGAGUUUAAGAAGGUCGUGGAAGAGCGGGUACUGAUGUAUUCGUUCGUGAACGACCGCUUCAUGCCGCCAGACGAUCCGCUCGGCCGCUCCGGGCCGACGCUGGACAACUUUCUGCGCGUGCAGCCGCGCAAAGGCGAUCCGCCGCCGCCCUGUCCGUACGGCAAGAAGUGCACCUAUGGGAAUAAGUGCAAGUUCUACCAUCCGGAGCGGGGCAGCCUGCCGCACAAAUCCGUCACCGAGCGGCUGUCCGAGUACGCGGCGCGCCAUCUUCAGGCGCGCAGUGGCCACGACCCGUCGGCCAGCGGGAGCGGGCCCGGUGGCCGCAGCGCAGUGCAAAGAAAAUCGCUCAGCGUGCCGCUGAGCAAUAGCAGCAACGAGACUAGUCCAAUCAAUGAUAAACGGAAAGCAUUAUGUCGCACAAGAUCAAAUGUACCUUCGGAAAGCGCCAACAACCCGUACGGUGGCGGCAUGGCGCACGGCUCAGUGCUGCAUGCGGAUCUGCUGUCACUUCCCCAUCCCGUACCGCAUCCGGCUGUACGUCAGCAGCAGCAACAGCCGCAGCCCCCGCCACCGCAACAGUUGCCUUUCCACGCUCCGCCAGUGCCAGUGGCCAGUAAUCGAGCCCCCCAUCCGUGGGAUCUUUCACCACAGCAGCAACAGCAGCAGCAGCAGCAGCAACUUCAUCAACAUGCCAGUAUGGUGGACGUGCAGCAGAUAUUCCCCAAAUCUCAUAGUAUAGAAAAUAUAUCUAAGGAACCGGCGCCGCCGCUGUACGGUCUCCAUCAUCAUGCCGGUUGCUAUGGUGCCCAGCCGCUUUGGCCCCGGCUACAGCCUCCGUCCCAGCAACCAUCCCAGCCCGUACUGCCCGGUGGUACAGGCGGAGCAGGCGCUGGUGGUGGUGGUGGUGGUGGUGCAGGAGGGCCUCCGGUAGGGCAGCCUUCAUUGGACCAGAACGAUCCAAGCGCGCUGGUAGAUAGUGUGAACCUGCACCGCAAGCUGCAACGUCAACUCACCCUUAACCCUGCUGGAUGUGAUCCUCGAAUAUAUCAAAUGCAAAGGUUGCAGCAGCAAUCUUCCCAGCAACAGUCCCCAACUGCUCCCUCUAAGCAGCAGCAGCAGCAGCAGCAGCAGCUGUCACCCCAUCGGCCGUUGGCACCUUCCCUUAGUGGAGGUAACCGUCCUUCUCCUCCUACCCAGUGGGAACUGCAUCAGCACGUGACACGCAUUGCUUCGGCUCCCGAUUCCACCCGACCCUGGGGUCACAAUGGGCCACCGCCGGCUUCAUCCUCCGAACCGCAUAUCAACCUCGGCUGGUCGCCAAGCCCCGGUCAAGGUGGUCCAACGCCGGCACACCAACAGCAGCAGCAGCAGCAGCAGCAGCAACAUCACCAGCAGCAGCAACAGGACCGACGUCGGUUGCACUACCAUCUGGCCAGUAUCUUCCCGGAAGAUCAAGUGCAAACCGUCAUGCAGAUGUACCCGGACGAGACGAAUCCCCAGACAAUAUGUGCCGCCAUCUUGGCCAUGUAUCAAAAGAUGUAACGCGUCGGAUCUGCGAUGGACGCAUGCAAUACUCAAAACACUCCUUAGGUGUUAGGCAAAAUUAUACUGUUCUUUAUUACUCUUUCUUUCCCUCUAUCUCUCUGCUUCCGUUGGAGAUGCAUGAGAAGUAACCGAACCGAUCGGGUUGGCAAUACUGUGUGCCCUUGUACUUUUGUUUGUUACGACUGCAAGUUAUGACUUAUCGCGAGAGCGAGAGAGUGAGAGUGUGUGUGUAGAGAGAGGUUAUAUUAUUAUUUUAUAUUAAUUAAAUGGGUGAUCAUCAGCGCAGUAGGCCAGGCGGCGAGUAGCGAGGAAAGCAUGCAUUUAAAGAUAUGUAAGAGCGUUGAAAGGAAAGAGAGAAGAAAGGCAAACUGAGCGCGAGGUGACGAAGAAUCACCACCACCACCCCAACAAUGUGAGAGUGUACAAUCUCAGCAAAAAAGGCGUUAUUUUUUUAAAAAGGAUUCGUUUGUUGUCGUAGACAACGGUUAAUGAUUAGUACCUACUUCUUCCACAGUGACUGCUUCCACCAGGUGUAAAGAUAUGUCUAAAGGGGGAAGGUGUGACACUAUUCUUCUGCAAUAAUAUUUAAAUCUAUAAGAAAACUGAAGAGAGACCGUGGCAGGGAAGGAGGGAGAGAAACGUGCUUGUAUUGUGAGGUAGGAAAGGCAAAUACAUCUUCAACUCUAUCAUAACUUUUAUCCUUUAUCGCUAAUCUACAUAUAUAUUAAAACAAAACGAACAAAAAAUCCCAACUAUUUACUCAAUUCCUGUUACAAACAACACACAAAUACGUUCUGCUACGUUUUGAAUCUACGGUGGACGAUGACGAUGAGGUGUAAACCCCCUGACCGAUAUAGCGUUAGUAAAGGCGGAAGAUAGAGAGACACUUGGUGAGAAGAACCUAUUACACACCCGAAUGAGUAAGCGCGUGUACAGAUGCGUCCGUAUUUCUUUACUUCAUAUUGGAGUAUGAGUUUUUAGCUGGUAGACUCAAGGUGAUAGGGCGAAGAACGGAGACACGCGUUACACGAGCGUUACACACACAUGUGGGCACGUGCAGCGUUCGGCGUUGCUUGUGAUUACAACACUUCCCUUUCGAACACGCUCUUUGGCUUGUUUCAUUUUCACUUUCGAUAUUAAUGUUGUUACUAAUUGAAAAU